AUGCCCAUAGGCCAAGACAUCAGUUUUUGCCAACGCUUCGCGUUCGAGGUCUCUAUUUCUGCGUUUCCCUCGCUUCGCCCGUCGACCAACGUCCUGCAUGGCGACCCGCGAAUCCCGGAGGCCGGAGCGAGGACGAUGGCUUCUAAGGAAGCCGUCGUCUGCGCCUUAAUCGUGCGUGCGCGAGAGCCUUUCGUUGUGAAAUUCUUUCCCACCGAGGCGUCGCUGCAAAUGGAUGCACCGGCCGCUGCAGGCGCGGCCGCACACGAGGACCUCGCCACCACGCUCCCGGCGCCACUACGCCGCCUCCUCGUCGACGGCGCUCCUCCCUCGACGGUUCCAACAGAAGCCCUUCGUGCCGCGCUGCGCCUCGACGACUCGUCAGCCGGGAGCGGAGCGCCCGGCUCGUCGCUCCGCUCCCUGCGAAUGCUGAAAAUGCUGCAGGGCCUUCCGCCAGAGGCGCCGACCGCCGCCGUCGACCCGCCGCUCCUGACGCUGCCAGGCGCCCUCGACGCUCGUGCGUGCGCGGCACUGCGAGCAGCGGUGGACGCGUCGCUCGAGGGUGGCGGCGGCGGGGAGCGAGGCGAGGGAGCGGCCGAGCUGGCCGAGCUGCGCGACCACUUGCUAGCGCGCUCCUUCUCCUCGUCGCUCACGCUCGACCGCGACGGCCUCGAGCGCAUCGCUGGCGCGGCCGCCGUCGCCGCGCUCUGGCGGCUCCCGGCGGCCGUGGCGAGGGCAGCGGCAGCCGUGGGCGCGGCGCCUGCUGCCGAGGAGCCCCUCGGCGGCGGGCGCGGCUUCGAGGGCGAUGUGGAGGUGAUCGUGCGGCGGUACGUGCCGGGAGCGAGGCCAUGGGUGCCCUUCCACUACGACCGCGCCGCGUGCACCGUCAACGUCGCGCUGUCCGACGACGAGGCGCACGGAGGCGGCGUCCUCCUCGCCUACACGGCGGCGCGCGGCGCGUGGGCGGUGGGCCGGAGGGAGGGAGAUGGAACGGCUCACGGGCCCUGCCUGCUGCACGCCGUGACGAGGGUCACGGCAGGCGCGAGGUACAGCUUGGUGCUCUUUUUCGGGCCGCGGAGAGGCGGAGCCGGGGGGGGCGGGUGA